AUGGAGAUAUGGAGCGUAAAAAAUGUCGUCAUUUGCAACUUAAACUCUUCGGACGACCCUGAUCCAGCCGGGAGUUACAAUAGUGAACCUGCGAACUUCGAUAUUUACCAGACAAACGACGACAUUGACCAAUUUGCCCUCAAUGUGCCAGCAGGAAAUGAUGACAAUGGUCAGGAAUUAACUGAGGUUCCUUGGUAUCCCUUCGCCAGCCAGAAAGAUUGGGAGGUUGCUCAUUGGUUGAUGCGCACAAGCCUUAGCAUGUCAGAAAUCGAUGAAUAUCUAAAUCUCAACCUUCGCCCGCUUGGUCUAUUCUAUCGUGAUCCGAUCGACUGUUUGCAAUCCCUUCUCAGCAAUCCUCAGCUUGCAGAUUGCAUCGAUUUCGAUUGUCGGAGGGUUUAUGAGUCUGCCAAUAGACUCUCUCACGCAUACAAAAGUUUUAUGAUGGGCAAUCAUUCAUGGUACCUCCAGUGUCAGAUCCCUCAGGGCGCAUCUCUGCUUGGAGUGAUCUUGUCCUCGGACAAAACAAAGGUUACCAAUAUAGCUGUACCGAAGUUCGUCCAUUCUAAUGCAAGGGCAUGUGGCGUACUUGUGGAUUGGCUGUUCCACCAGUGCAUCAGCAUUGUAACCGAACCACUCAAGGCGGCUGCCAAAAUGGGCAUCAUGAUGAAUGACCCUGUCGGCAAUAGCAGGUAUUGCUUCACGCCCCUGGUUUCCUAUGUUGCAGAUACUCCAGAGGAGCUCCUGGUUGCUUGUGUUUGCAGCAAUGUGUCCCCUGUCACCACCGCCACCCAAGAUCAGUUUGGGGAUCCCUUCUGCCAUCCGCUUCGCAAAGGAUCAUCCACCCUUGCUCGUAUCAAAGCUGUUUUGCGAUCUGUUUUGCAUGCUGAUGUCUCUGAGUUCUUUGCAGUGUGCAAGGAGUUCAACUUGAAUGGCGUCUAUGAGCCAUUCUGGCUGGACUGGCCUUUGUUGGAGCCCUCUCAGUUCAUAACUCCAGAGGCUCUGCAUCACUGGUACCGCAUGUUCUGGAACCACAAUCUCAACUGGUGCAUUUUCGUUGUUGGCGCCAAUGAGCUAGAUUUUCGUUUCAUGCUUUUGCAAGUUUUUAAAGGGUACUGUGGCUUCAAUGAUGGCGUCUCCACUUUGAAAUAA